AUAAUAAAUACAUUAAGAGAAGAAAGUGAAUAUAUCAAAUGUAAAUAGUUUAAUGAGAAUGUCGUACUAAACUAAAAGAGAGGAAGUGAGACACGUGGAGUAAAUAUUGCUUCUAGAUACGUGACCCCACAAAAGAUAUAUAUUUAUUUUCUACAUUUUAUAAUAAUAAAGAUAGUUUAGUGGGGAGGACUUGGAAAUUUUCCUACGGUCCCCAUUCUAAUAAAGACCAAACAUGGUGAUGCUCUUACCUCACUAAUUUCUUCUCUUUCUGCAGAGGUCUGUUGUCCCCUCCCAUGGCUUCCCCUCACUUUGUGCUGUUCCCUUACAUGGCUCAGGGCCACAUGAUUCCCAUGAUCGACCUCGCCAAGCUUCUGGCUCAGCGUGGAGCCAUAGUCACUCUGGUCACCACUCCCAAGAACGCCGCCCGCAACGACUCAGUUCUUGCCCGAGCCAUCGAAUCCGGAUUACAAAUCAAGGUGGUUCAGUUGGAAUUUCCAUGGAACCAAGCCGGGCUUCCAGAAGGGUGCGAGAAUCUGGACUUGCUCCCUUCACUUGCUUCCAUCUCCAAAUUCAACGCCGCAGCGAGUCUCCUUUACGAGCCAUCCGUACAACUGUUGGGCAACCUCAGCCCCCGUCCCGCCUGCGUCGUCUCCGACAUGAACCUCCCCUGGACCUUACGCCUCGCUCGCCACCACCGCCUCCCCAGGCUCGUUUUCUACACCUUCAGCUGCUUCUUUCUUCUCAGUCUCCGGAGUUUCGCCAAAACCCACACUCUUUUGAGCUCCACCUCCGAUGAAGAAUUGGUCAAGUUCGGUGUUGAAAUGAUGGUGGCCGAUCAGCACUCAGACGGCGUUAUUUUUAGUGGAUUCGAGGAGAUGGAACCUGAGCAAAUCGCCGAGUAUAGAAACGAAAGAAAAUCCCCGGAGAAAGUUUGGUGCGUUGGCCCAGUCUCGCUCUGCAACGAUGACAAACUCGACGUGGCUCAGAGAGGAAACAGAGCCUCUAUUGACGUACACGAAUGCGUCAAUUGGAUGGACGGGCAGCACCAAUCGUCUGUGGUGUACAUCUCUCUGGGAAGCCUAUGCAACGUGGAUGCGUCGCAACUCAUAGAGCUGGGAUUGGGUCUGGAGGCAUCGAAUAAGCCGUUUAUUUGGGUAAUCAGAGAAUUGAAUUUAACGGAAGAGCUGCUGAAUUGGUUGGAGGAGUACGACUUGGUGGGGAGGACGAAAGGGAGAGGGCUGGUGAUUCGAGGGUGGGCGCCGCAGAUGAUGAUACUGUCGCACUCUGCAAUUGGAUGCUUUUUGACGCACUGCGGUUGGAAUUCGAGCAUGGAGGGGGUGUCCGCUGGCGUGCCGAUGAUCACUUGGCCGCUGUUUGCAGAUCAAAUGUCCAACGGAAAGCUAAUCGUGGAGAUUCUGAAGAUCGGCGUAAGCGUGGGCGUGGAUACGAGCGUGCCGUGGGGAGAGGAAGAGAAGAGAGGGGUGUUGGUGAGGAGAGAGAAAGUGAGGGAAGCCAUAGAAAUGGCGAUGGAUGGAGAAGGGAGUGAAGAGAUGAGACAGAGAUGCAAACAACUUGCGGAGAAAGCAAAGAGAGCCGUUCAAGAAGGGGGCUCCUCUAACCGGAAUCUCACGCUGCUCAUGGACCACAUCAAUGGAGGAUCAUCAUGAUUUCUCUAGGGGGUUGUUUGAUCCUCUUAGAAUCCCGUUUGGUUUGGAAAUUUUAUUAUGGUUUACGACCCUGUUUGAAUGGUUAUGUUUGCUGAGAUUUGUUUUUGAACAAGAAUAAAUAGAAUUCAUUCAAGCAUA